ACACGUAAAAAACUAAAAAUAAUGGAGAGUUUGUUAGUACUACUGUUGUUGGUAGCAGUGGCGCUGGUAAGCCAGCUGAUUACUCAUCAAUCAGCGGCGGAGAGCGUGGAAGGGCCGGACCACCGGUGCCGCCGACAAACUAACCGGGCUUGGGAGCAAUGCGACCCAGGACGAUGCUGCAGUAAGUCGCGUUACUGCGGCGACGGCUACGCACAUUGUAGCUCCAAACAUUGUGCCUACCAGUGUCCGCCGCCGCCACCACCUCCUGACUCGGGAGCUGCUGCAACGGGAAACCACCACUUGGAUCAUCAUCAUCAACACCAGGAAGAAGGUGGAACGCUUCUUCUUUCUCUGGUCUCCAUCCUUAACGCCAUCCCUAAAAUCGCAACCCUAUCCCCAGAAAUCCCCAAGCCAAGAUCAAUCGUCGUUCCCAAAAUAAAUCGAACGCUUCUUAUUCCUCUGGUCUCAAUCCUCAACGACGACUCCCGACCGAUUCUUGGAUGCAGAAGUAUGGUCUCGACGGUGGCUCCCGAUUCAUGGGAAGACCGACGCCGAGAAGAGACGGUAGAUCCGGAACUCAAUUUUCGGGCUCUCCCUUCACGAACCCAGAUUCGCCAGCUCUCUGUUGAAACUCCGGCUUCUCGCGAACCAACCAUCACAAGAAAGGAAGAAUAUGUCGAGGAGGUGAAUGUUGACGGCGGUAAUGGACAGAGGAUAGUUUGGGAGCAAUGCGACCCAGGACGCUGCUGCAGUAAGUCGCGUUACUGCGGCGACGGCUACGCAAAUUGUAGCCCCAAACAUUGUGCCAACCAGUGUCCACCACCACCACCUCCUGACGUAGGACCUGCAACGGGGAAAAAAAUUGUGGUGGUGAUGGCUGCCGCCACAGAAAACCACUACUUUAAUGCCUCGUCAUCGUCGUCGUCGUCGCCAUUGUCGUGUGCAACUUCCCUCUCGAGCCUGCCCUUGUCUUCCCUUCACAAAUAUCCUUGGGCUGCUGUACGGGUGGCCGCAGUACUAGUACUACUACCUAUUGCGGCCGCGCUGUUUGAAGGGAGGAGUUCAUCAUGA